GCCAAGAUAAGCCAAAAUGGAAGCGAUGCUUGAUGAGACAGUGUCGACGGAAGAUUUAAAGAAAUUUGAACAGAGGUACAAUGAGCAGAUGACAAGAGGCAGCGUGAGUCCAAAGACUCAGUUUGAAUAUGCUUGGUGCUUAGUGCGUAGUAAAUAUUCCAAGGAUAAUCAGAAAGGAAUUAUUCUCUUAGAAGACCUAUUUCAUAAAACACAUGAUGAAACUGCGAAGAGAGAUUACUUAUAUUACCUGGCUGUCGGGAACACGCGUCUCAAAGAAUAUGACAAAGCUCUCAAAUAUGUAAAUGGCAUCUUACAAGUACAACCUGGCAACCACCAGGCUGCUGAGCUGAAGAAAAUUAUAAAGAAAAAAAUGGAGAAAGAGGGUCUUCUAGGAAUGGCAAUAGUUGGUGGAGCAGCUGCAGUGGCAUUGGGAAGCAUUAUAGGGCUGGGCGUGGCACUUGCUAAGAAAUAACUUAGAGAUACUGUACUAAGACACACAUUGAGCAGAAGACCUGAUUAAACAAAACUUUCGUUUUCCUGGAAAUUUCAACAUUUUCCUUAAAAACCAAAGUGUAUCAUGUCCAAAGCCAUUUGCAAAUUACAAUCUAUAAAAUUUUGCCCAAAUUUGAUUUCCAAGCUACUGGAUUGGUGAAUUUCACUUAUAGAAAUUUAGAACUUGCAAACAGGUUAAUUUUAUAAAUUGUAAUUUUCUCAAUGGAAUUUAAUGGAAU